UACACUGUGAACAAUCAGUCAGCACAGCCAUGGCCUCCCUCGGUGGUCUGUUGCCAAGGGGAAUAGUCCUGGCUGAAGGAUAGAGAGAGAAGGGGAGAGAGAGAGAAAAAAGGCAGCCUUGCGGUGCAGAAGAAGAGAUGGUCAUCACUGACAGGAGCUCCAGCACUCCUGGGCCCAAGAAGAAGGAACCGAAGAAGAGGACAUCCCGCCCCCAUGGCCUGCCCUCCCCGGCACUGUGCUGCGCGUGCGGCUUGUGCAUCAUGCUGGCAGGCAUCAACAUCACCCUGGUGGGGGCGUUCGCCUUCAGCACCAUGGUGCCCUCUGCCAACCCUCCCAUCAUCAUAGGGCCCAUCCUGCUUCUGGUGGCCUUCUCUUUCUUCGGGGCGUGCUGUGUCUGCAGCCGCCUGCCCCCUGCCCAGGGCUCCCGGAGGUCUAAGGUGGGUGGAAGGAGCAUGGGGAUGAUGGGGCGUAGAGGUUUCGCUGGGGGAGCGACGUUUCAGAUUGAGACGAGUGAGCACACAUUGCAGGACACGACAGCAGUACAGCUCAGCCCCUCAGCCUCACCUGGGUCAUCCCGGGCAUCCAGCCCCGAGCGGGAUGCUUCUCCUGAACCCGCCCCCCCAGGGACCUUCAAGCUCUUCACCAUGGAGACCAAUGGCCCCACCUCCGCCACGGCCUGCUAUUCCGCCUCCUCGGGAGGGGGAGGGGCUGUGAGGCUCAACUUGCCACGUGAUGAUGUGGCCACCUAGCACACCCCUGAUUAACACACUGUAACAUGAGCCUCCUGCCCCAGGGG